GAGUGGGAACCUGGUGGCUUUUCAUUACUAGUGAAUGUGUGGGAUUCAUUCCUGACGUUAUAAGUGGGUUAGGCAUAUACUUAUACGUGUCUCGACCAUCGGGUUUCAGGAUGUCAUCUCAGGAAAAAAACAAAAAGCUAAAGGCCGAGCAGGAUGUAGACGCCGCGGCUGAGAGCGCAGAACAGUCGCAGGAUCAAUCAGAGAGAGAGAUGCUGUUACAGAAGGAGUACGAGACACUUACUGACAACCUAAACUCUUUGAAGAUUAGGGUUCAAAAAUUACGAAGAGAAAACGAGUUUCUACAGAAUGAGGCAGAUAAGACUCGCAUGGAAAGUAAAGAGUACAUCUCAUAUCUGUCUAAGAGAGCGGAAAAGAGACAGAAUGCUAUAGUGACUCUGAGUGAUCAGAGCCGCCAGGAGCUGGAAGAGCUGAGGAGACAGAAACAGAAAAUGCAGGAUGAACAUGAGAAACAGACCAAUGAGUUGAAGAGGGAAAUCAUGCAGAAAGAAAAUGAACUGGCUCUACUAAAUGAUGACAUUACAGACCUGAGAAACCUAAAGACUUUACAAAAGCAGCAGAUGUGUCGUACAGCUGAGUUGGAGAAUGAGCUGACUGUCAUGCAAAGUUUUCAUUCUGAGUCUCUGGUGGCUGUCAAAGCACACUUCCUUAAAGAGAAGAAGAAUUAUGAGCAGGAGGCCAAAGACAAGUUGCAAGCUCUCAGAACUUCAGCCAUCAGGGAGGCAUCUCAAUGCCUGAUGGACUAUACAAAGAAAGUAUAUGAGGAGAACAAGCAUCUUAAUGAGAUCUUGAAACAGCUGGUCCAGAGAUAUCAAGAUCUGCAAAGACAAAAUGACCAUCUGCAAAAGCAACAACAGCAACUGCAGCUGGAGAGAAACUUUGCACAGGGGCUUCACUGCCAGCGUUUUUUCCCACGUUCAAAGUCAACAACAUCAGCAGUUCCAAACACAAAGAAAUCCCCCACAGCACCCACCAAUAACUGACAAAAGAUUUUAGUAUGUUCCUUAUGUUACUAACUGAAGAACCAGUCAAAGAGAAACACUGCUCAUAAUUUUUUGUCUUAUGGCUUUCAAUAACAUAUAGCUAAAAUGAAUGCCAUCGUAUGGACUCUUUCAGUGAUAAGUGUUUACCUCUUCAAGAUAAUUUUGUUAAAUCACUUUUUAUUGCUUAUAGGUUUUCUGUCAAUGACUAAUAAAUUAUUCCUAAA